AUGUCUAAUUACGACGGUAUGGGGAACGAUGAAUUGAAGCGAGAACUAGCCAAAUUUGGCCUGAAGCCAAUGGGCAGGAAACGAGCGAUCGCUAUACUGAAGAAAAUUUACUCAGAAGUACAUCCAGUAAUCGAUCCGUCUACACCCACUAUAAGGCCACUCGUUGCCGACCAGAAGGGUGAUGGUACGCCCAUUUCAUCCCGCAACGCGAAGUCGAAAAUUCAACGAAAACGAGGGAAUGUGGUGACGGUAGCGAAGGAUACGGUGACGAUGUCGACAGAGGAACCGUCAAUAUCUAACGUUCGACUGGGUAGUGUGGAUGACGACGAGGAUGAUGAUUUCGCUGAUCUCGGAGAUAAGACAUUGAAUGAGCCACGUGAUGAGCCACUAGAAGAGAGCAUGAUCGAUGAUACAGGGCUUCUACCAAAGGAUUUGGAUGGUAUGACAGACGUGUUUCUCAAAUGGUUACGUCAGCCAGCUAACGACGAUCUGUACAAUCAUCUGCUAUCAUUGCAACCUGUACUCAUUGAAGAACUGCAUCAUCGCAUGUCGCGAGCCGACACGGCUGUCUGUGUUAUUCCAAGGAAAGCGUUAGCAAACAUAUUAGACCGCCUGGGUGUGACUUUUUCAAUGCCUCAAGUCUAUGGACGUACGAAAGCCAGGAAAUGA